GCUCGCGCUCACUCAUGGAUUCAGGAGAGAGGGGACGGGAAACAGGAGGCGCGCGCAAGGACCGAAAGGAGAAAAAAACGAACGGGAGGGGAGCACCGUGAUGUAUUUGGGGUGCUUGUGAGCCCGAAAAAGACUGCAUUGAGGGGGCAAAAAGGCAUUGCUUUUCGAGAGUACUCGCAAAUAUCGCAGUACCGUGAGGUCGAAGCAAGGAGAUUAUCCCAGAGAAGAGCGAGUGAGGGGCUGGAGAACGGAGCACCAAUCCCGGAUGGCUAGGCGCGGCUGCUCGCGCUUUCUCCCACCCUGACCCGGGAGAGACACACAAGGACCGUGGGGACGUUCCGGGGCUUCACGUGAACCCAGCCGGAGCUGGUUAACCCUCAUUCGCCCUCCCUACCGUUUUUAUAUCUCGGCCUGUUUCCGCCGAAACGGGAAUCUUGUGUGGCGCACGGGACCGACCAUAAACAAACAAGGCAGCAGCUCGGGUGGGAGAGUGUUCAGCAAGCGACCUCUGAAGGCUGUGUGUCUGCGUUGUUACUGCGUUUUUUCAGCCCAUUAGAGACAGCUGUAGUGUGGGUGUGUGUGUCUGUGUGUCUGUGUGUGUGUGUGUGUCUGUGUGUGUCUGUGUGUGUGUGUGUGUGUGUGUGUGUGGAUAACACAGUGUUUAGAUAUGUCUGUGCUAGACUGAGAGUCCAAGGAACCAGCGGCAUUAUGGGACGUAGCAGGACUGUGCAGUGACCCGCUCGUUGGAAGGAAACACUCUGUGUACAGGAGCAGGAAUAGGCACACUAACCUGAACACACACACUCCUCCUUUUAUACAUACACACACAUCCCAGCAGCCAUGCCUGUGUUCAGUGGCCUGUUGAAGGUGCGCGUGUGUGAGGCAGUGGACCUGAAGCCAACACCAUGGGCCCUGCGUCACGCUGUGGGGAAGAGCGGCUCCUUCCUGCUGGACCCUUACCUGGCACUGAAUCUGGACCAGACCCGGCUCGGGCAGACUGCCACCAGGACCAAGACCAACAGCCCUGCCUGGCACCAGGAGUUCUGCACUGAGGUCCGUGAGGGAAGGAGUCUGGAGCUGUCUGUCUUCCAUGAUGCACCCAUCGGAUAUGAUGACUUUGUGGCCAACUGCACCAUCCAGCUGGAGGACCUUCUGCAGAAUGGGACCAGGCACUAUGAGGACUGGAUUGACUUGGAGCCGGAGGGGAAGGUGUACGUGGUCAUUGAUCUGUCUGGAUCCUCCACAGAAGCCACGGGGACCAACGAGAAUGAGGAGCGGGUGUUUCGAGAGAGGAUCGGCCCUCGCCGGCGACAGGGGGCCGUCCGAAGACGCGUCCAUCAAGUCAACGGACACAAGUUCAUGGCCACCUACCUGAGACAACCAACCUACUGCUCACAUUGCCGAGAUUUUAUCUGGGGCGUGCUGGGGAAGCAGGGAUACCAGUGUCAGGUGUGCACGUGUGUCGUCCACAAGCGCUGCCAUGAGCUCAUCAUCACCAAGUGUGCCGGGAUGAAGAAGCAGGAGGACACACCUGAGGAGGUGGGUUCACAGCGGUUCAGUGUUAACAUGCCCCAUAAGUUCAGUAUCCACAACUACAAGGUGCCCACCUUCUGUGAUCACUGUGGCUCCCUGCUGUGGGGCCUCAUGAGGCAGGGCCUGCAGUGCAAAGUGUGUAAGAUGAACGUGCACAGGCGGUGUGAGACCAAUGUAGCUCCUAACUGCGGUGUGGACGCCCGGGGAAUAGCUAAGGUCCUGUCUGACCUGGGAGUCACGCCUGACAAGAUCUCCAACACGGCACUGCGCAGGAGGAAGUUGACUCCAGGGCAGGACCCUCCCCAGUCUCCUCCUGAGCUCUCCCAGACUGAGGAGAACAUCUUCAGCCAAACAGCUGUCCCCACCUCCCCUUCACAGCAGGACUUGGCACAGUUAGAACGCCUGCAGGACGCGCUGUCACUCGACCAGCAGGGACCCCAACACUCCACCUCUUCCUCCUCCUCCACCACCUCCUCCUCGUCCUCCUCCUCGGCAGGCAGGGAGAACGGACAGAUCCAGAGGAGGAGCCUCAAGGACUUCAACUUCAUCAAGGUUCUCGGCAAAGGCAGUUUCGGCAAGGUGAUGCUGGCGGAGCUGAAGGGGACGGAGGAGGUUUUCGCCGUCAAAGUUUUGAAGAAGGACGUGAUCCUUCAGGACGACGACGUGGACUGCACCAUGACCGAGAAGCGCAUCCUGGCCCUCGCCCGGCGACACCCCUACCUCACCCAGCUCUACUGCUGCUUCCAGACACGGGACCGUUUGUUUUUUGUAAUGGAAUACGUGAACGGAGGAGACCUGAUGUUCCAGAUUCAGCGGUCCAGGAAGUUUGACGAGCCUCGUUCUCGUUUCUACGCCGCAGAAGUCACCUCAGCCCUCAUGUUCCUUCACCGCAAUGGGGUCAUCUACAGGGAUCUGAAGCUGGAUAACAUCCUGUUGGAUGCAGAGGGACACUGUAAGCUGGCAGACUUCGGCAUGUGCAAAGAGGGCAUCAAGAACGGAGUGACCACCACCACCUUCUGUGGCACGCCUGACUACAUCGCCCCAGAGAUCCUGCAGGAGCUGGAGUACGGAGCCUCCGUGGACUGGUGGGCCCUGGGCGUGCUGAUGUACGAGAUGAUGGCCGGGCAGCCUCCGUUCGAAGCUGAUAACGAAGACGACUUGUUCGAGUCGAUUCUCCAUGACGACGUCCUCUACCCCGUGUGGCUCAGCAAAGAAGCUGUUUCUAUCCUCCGAGCGUUCAUGACGAAGAACCCAGCCAAGCGUCUGGGCUGCGUGGUGACACAGGGCUGUGAGGAGGCCAUCAAGACACAUGCCUUCUUCAGAGAGAUCGACUGGGUGCUGCUGGAGCAGAGAAAAGUCAAACCACCCUUUAAACCCCGAAUUAAGACCAAGCGAGACGUGAAUAACUUUGACCAGGACUUCACCAAGGAGGACCCCGUGUUGACGCCCACGGACGAGGCCAUCAUCCGACAGAUCAACCAGGAGGAGUUCAAAGACUUCUCCUACUGCGCCCCCGAGGAGACGCAGACCUAACACGCACACACGCACACACGCACACACGCACACACACACACACACACACACACACACACACACACACACACACACACACACACACACACACACACACACAGUUACUUUGAAGCUAUUGGUUGUUGUUACUUUUUGGAAUAUUCUUUACUUGCAUUGUGUUGUUCUUGUUGCCUGGGUUUAUUAUAAAUAUAAAUAUGACUAUGAAUAUGAAUAUACACACCUGCACAUGCUCUCACAUACACAUUCCCACGUUGCACACUUUUAAAGCAGAUUUACACACAAACACACACUACAAUCACAAGUUUUACUCCAACACGUUCACUGCACAUGCUCAGACAACCAAAUCACACACACACACACACACACACACACACACACACACACACACACACACACACACACACACACACACACACACACACACACAGCUUCUCUCCCCAGCACCAGGACUGUGCAGUGGGUGCUGGGUGCAGAGGCCUGUAUAUAGCCUGUGUUGAGUGGCUGUAUUGUGUUGGUAUCGUCUGCUAGUAUAGGAGAAUCGUGGCGCAUGGACAAGCACCCUACCUGUGUUAUUACUGUCCUUAUUGUGGACCAGUUAGGGCCAAAUACCCUUUGUGCAAUACCCUGACUAUCUAUAUAUUUUAUUUGUUGUGUUAUUUUUGUCUUUUUUUCUCCACAAAAUGUGUGGUAUGAUUGAACUGUUGCGCUCAUCAAUCUCCUGUCUCGUGUGUAUAAAGUGAAUGUCGAGCUUACAAGUUACAGGCUAUUGAACUAAUUAUGUGGAGCAGAGUGUUACAGGCGGCCUGUGUAGCAGCGUAAAGCCCGAUUUCCAGCUCUUUCAGCCAUCUGCUAGUUUCAGAGUCCGUGUCCCGCCGGCGUGAAUGUGCUGGCCCGUGGGCGUUUAUUUUUUUUGUCGUGAAUGAACAUUUUCGUACGUGUGAAUGCGUGACUUUUCUUUCUCCCUGUUGGUGUGUGACUUUUCGUCCUCAGCAUUUCUGUUUCUAUAGUUACCAUCAGUGUUUUCAGCCCCCCCUCUCUUCCUUCCCUUCUCCUCCAAAGCACUAAUUCCCCUUUCCUGCCUCCAGCAGCCGUCUCACUCAGCCAAAACCACUUGCUUUUCUGACUUUCAUUUUUCAAGAAUGGCUUUUCUUUCUUAUUGCUCUCUUUCUUUCUUUUAUUAUAGUUAUUAUUAUUAUUGUAAAGUGUAUCUGGAGGAAAUCUUUGUGUAUAAUACUAUAACUAUACUAUCAUAGGUCUGUUACAGCCGGGCGAAAAGAAGUGUGGAAAACCAGCAGCUGAAUUACCUCUCAUUUCAAUCACACACACACACACACACACACACACACACACACACACACACACACACACACACACACACACACACACACACACACACACCCACCACAUACACACACCCACCACAUACAGACUCUCUCCUUCGCCUCCUCCCUCUUCUUCUCACUCUCUUUCUUACAAACACACACACAUGCACACACAGAGACGGACUGUUGUCGCGUGUACUGUACAGUGAUCUGAAGGCAAGCUGGUUGCUCUGUGUGCAGUAGAGUCAGUGUGUAGUGAAGCUUUGUGCACCCAGGGGUAGGGCUGUUCCUGGUCACACUAUCUUACUCUGUGCCAAAAUGUAGUGCAACAGCCGGGCUAGUCCUGUCUGGUCUGAUUCCAAUAAAACACUGAGCUGUCUACAUCUC